CACAGAAAACGAACUUUGCACUGCCUCAACUACAGCCAAGCAAAGAAGCCAAAUAUCUGUUCAGUAAAUGUAUCAAAUAUUGCUUUUUUAAAUUUGGUUAAGUAACUUUACAACACUACCUUAUCACCACUUCAAACGACCUUAAGUCGCAGGCUAGCUGCUGUACUGUAGCAUGCAGUGGGUAAAAACAGGAAGACUGUGCACAUUUAAAGAUGUGCUCACACAUUUCCCGAGAUUUGUGGCUCGUCGACACAUGUCGUUGUCUCCAACUAAACGGCCAGUUUCCUUACUGGGAACUAUGUCUUUGGGUGAACCAGCCAACGCAGAGCAGAACCUGGAGAUGGUGAAGACUUUCCUGGACAGGGGACACAGCCAUGUGGACACAGCCUUCAUGUAUGUGGAUGGGAAGUCAGAGACAGCCUUAGGGGGCAUGAAUCUUCCUAAAACAGUAAGCAUAGCAACCAAGGCCAACCCCUGGGAUGGGAAGACGCUGAAGCCAGAGAGUGUGCGCUCUCAGCUGGAAACCUCCCUUCAGAGGCUGCGGACCGAUUGUGUGGACCUUUUCUACCUUCAUGCCCCUGACCACCAGAACCCCAUCCAGGAUACCCUUAGGGCCUGUAAUGAACUGCACAAAGAGGGAAAAUUCAAGGAGUUUGGUUUAUCAAACUAUGCAUCAUGGCAAGUGGCUGAAAUUGCCAGCAUCUGCAGAAACAACAACUGGAUUGUUCCCACUGUGUAUCAGGGAAUGUACAAUGCCAUUACAAGACAGGUUGAGACAGAGUUGCUGCCAUGUCUGAGAUACUACGGAAUGAGAUUCUACGCAUACAAUCCCCUAGCAGCUGGCAUUCUAACAGGAAAGUACCAUUACCAAGACAAAGAUGUUCCCCAGCCUGUAGGACGAUUCUUUGGUAACAAAUUGGCUGCAGCAUACAGGGACAGAUACUGGAAGCAGAGUCAAUUCAAAGCAAUAGACGUGGUUCAAAAGGUCUUGGAGACCGUUUACGGCUCAGAGAAACCCACCCUGACUUCUGCUGCUAUGCGCUGGUUGUACCAUCACUCCCAACUUAAGGGUGAUCUUGGUGAUGGAGUCGUCAUUGGCAUGUCAAGUAUGGAGCAACUUCAGCAAAACCUGGCUUCUGCAGAGGAGGGUCCUCUGGAUGAAAGAGUGGUCGCUGCCUUCAAUGAGGCCUGGAAUCUCGUUGCCCACGAGUGUCCAAACUACAUCCGUUGACCAGCCAAAAUAGUCCACUGAAAUUUUAUCCAAGUUUAUAGAGAAAAGAGAUAUGCUAAAGCCCCUUUCCCUUAGUUUCAUUAGUUACUUGUACCUUUUUCCUGAAAUCACAUUUGAAAUUUGUUUUUGUUUUCUCAUAAAUGAAUUAAUUGGAGACCAGUGUAGUAAUGUGAAGAGCACUUCAUUGCAAAUGUACAAAUGUAAAAAAUAAAUAAAUAAAUUACUUUUU